CUCUCAGCAGAAGCGACAUGCCGCGGGUGCUAGUGGCCGCCAGCGGGAGCGCGGCCGCUCUCAAAUUACCGGAACUGGUGAACCGGUUGUUGGAGUUGCGGCAGGUUGAAGUAAAAGUGGUGACCACAGAGCAUGCAAAACACUUCUAUGAGUCCAAAGAUGUUCCUGCUGAAAUAUAUAGCGACUUGGAUGAAUGGGAGAUGUGGAAACAGAGGACAGAUCCUGUUCUACACAUUGAACUGAGGAGGUGGGCAGACCUGUUGGUGAUUGCCCCUUUGGAUGCCAAUACUCUGGGGAAAAUAGCUAAUGGAAUCUGUGACAACUUGUUGACCUGUGUUGUUCGAGCCUGGGAUCUGAAAAGGCCAUUGCUGUUCUGCCCAGCCAUGAACACUGCAAUGUGGGAGCAUCCCAUCACAGCCACACAGAUCCAAACACUGAAAGGCUUCGGUUACAUUGAAGUUCCAUGCAUUGUAAAGAAACUGCUUUGUGGAGAUGAAGGUUACGGGGCAAUGGCAGAGAUACCAACAAUCGUAGAGAAAGUGCAAGACUACCUGGAAUAAUCACACAGCUACAGCCUUGGAGAGACAGAGCACCAACAGUAAAAUGAAAGCCAUAUAGCUCUGAGAAAUCAGCUUUACAGUGACUAUCCAUUACCUUGAACUCUUUUACUGAAGAAUUGUAGUUCAAUAUGUAGCUCUCACUUCCAAUGAACGGCUGUACCUCUGAUGGUACACCACUCAUUCAAUACUGCACACUGAAGUCCCUGUCUAUAUUUUUGUUGUUUUCUUCCCACUUGGAGUAAUAAGAUUAAUCUAUAAACAAUCCUUUGACCUUAAUCCCAGAUUGCAUUGUAUUGACUUGGCUGAAUAAAUCAGCAAAAAUAUAAAGGAUGUAUCUAAAGGCACUCUUAAAGGUGAAAGUGUUAAUUUGUAUAUAUUUUUAAUGAAUUUCAUUUAUUUAAAAUGAUGUGGAAGCAAACUAUAUAAUUAUAACCAUCAAAACUGUAUUUAACUACCUGCUGUUAAUCUGAGUUUAAAGAAUAUAAAACCCUAAUGUACAGUGAAUUCUGAGAAAUUGUGCUGAGAGGAUGUUCCACUGGGACUUGCCCUGAAUUUUCUGCUUGUGCUGAAUAAAGAUCUGUA